AUGCCCCUUAACCUGCCGCACGACGGCAAGACGGUGCGGGGCCAGGGCCGCCGCCGUAGCUCAAAGGGGAGCAAUGACAUCGACAAGGGAAAGGCAGCCAAGCCACCUUCCCAGAAAGCGAUGCUCUCGCGCGCCCUGCAAAAGGCCAACACGGCCGUCCAACUCGACAAUGCGCAGAAUCUCGAAGGUGCUCGCACCGCGUACGCUGAAGCUUGUGAUCUCCUGCAGCAGGUAUUGCGACGAACAUCCGGCGACGAAGACAAGCGAAAACUUGAAGCCAUUCGUCAAACCUAUUCCAGCCGCAUAGAAGAGCUAGACCAGAUAGAAUUGAUGCCAAAUUUGGAUACGGCAUUAAAGGCGCUGCCUGCUAGACCGGGCAGCGACGAGUACAGCCCGGAGCUGGCCCAGAAUCAAUACAGUGCUACGGAAAUCGCAUCUACCAUCACGUCGUUCAACGCAAGCCUCUGGGUCGACGGCUCAAAUACCAAUCGAAGUCACCCUCGACAGCCAGCCUCACCGCCAUCGUACACUCAACAGUACGGUCAGGACCAACCUCCGCCUAACAUCAGAGCUACAGAAUGGCAUCGAACGGUCACAAACGGGCAGCAAGGCAUGCUGCAAUCAUCUUUUUCGAGAUCUAGCGCUCGCUCGAAUCACACCGCUACCGGCUCACAUGAGCGAGCUCUCGACUUACCACAGCCGGUGAACUCAGUCCGUGCAAACUCACCGCUCCAAAGCCCACCAGUACGAGAUUCAGAGCGCGAACUGAAUGAUAACCAUUCCAGACGAACUAGCCGAAAUGACAAAAUUGGCCAUGUUCGUGAUGGUAGUCAAAACUCCUGGCUUGAUGGGAUUGGCGAGUCGGGAGGCUCAACAGCAUCAUCAACUCAUUCGAUGCCCUCGUCGCAAGGGCAGCGAAGAAAGCAUACGCGGGUUGUAAGUGACAAUACUGAAGCCGAAUUUGAUACAGCGCUCGACGCUGCGAUCGAAGCUGCAUAUGACGACGGUUACGAGCCCAUGGGAAGGAAUAAUCUAGGAGAAAGAGAUGCGGGCGAGGAAGCUGUAGCUCGGGUCUUACGAAAAGUUGAGAUCGCACGUGAACGAGUUCGUCAGACGGAGCAAGAAACACUAUCCUUUUCCAACAGCACAGGCAUGACUGAGCUGCUCUCCCCUAGGCAUUACAAGCCUACUCAUAUUCAAAACGACUUUUAUGAUGAUGACUCCUCAGACGAUGAAGAGCGCAUGCUAGAGGAGAUGGCGCGUGACUACGACAUUGGGGACUUCACCAUGAACGAAGCAGUACCCAUCAUAGUGACUCGUGGUGAGGACUUCAGGCCAUCCACUCGACAGAGAGUAGCGCCGGAACAAAAAUCCCAAGUCGAGCCUGUGCGUCCCCUGAUGGAGAAGAAAUCAUUUUCCAGCAUCAUCAAAGGCCUUGGACCCAGUCUACCGCCACCUAAUACCUCACUGCCUGAUCUUCCGUCGUCGCGUGGCACCUCGCCCAUGCAGACUGUAAGAAAUCGCCGUCUAUCUGGGCAGAACCCCAAGCAGCUAAAGAUCGAUACCACAAAACCAACCGCGAGCCCCCUGACCAUUCAAUCGCACUCAGACCAACCGAAUGCUGCCCUAGAGCAAGAGAACGAGCGUCCGUCUACAGCAAGUAGACGUUCCCGAAUCGUUUCCCAUGCACGCUCUACUCCGUCCAUAGACGUGACUUCUUUUGACCAGCCGAAUAUUGCAUCACUGGGUUGUAAUCGAGUCCCCGCGGAAAUAGAUGAAGCCGUAUCGAGCAAAGCGGCUUCACCGACGGCUAUCACUACCAAACUACGAGAGAACUUUUCCUCUUCUAGCUUACGCAGUAUCAAGAGUAGGAACCUGUCGCUAUCAAACUUGGAAGAUCCAUCAGACAUGUCUCCCGGCACUCCGUCGAGCAACCAUUUUGGUGGAUCAAGGACUCCAGCGGUGCCCACCAUUCCAACGCCCAUGAGCUCAGAGUUUCGAGACAAUCUCGACUCUUCAUCGACAGGGGCCCGCUUGUUCGAUGACCACUUCCAUCAGCCUACGAGUCCUGGAUCGGCGGGCAAUGCACAUACAGAUGCUCCGGUGCCUUUGGAGCCAUGCCCGCACGACUUCAUGCUGCGACCCUUCUGGCUUAUGAGAUGUUUUUUCCAGACGAUGGUGCAUCCGCGAGGCGGCUAUGUCAGUACAAAGCUAUUCGUACCCCGUGACGUUUGGAAGGUUAAGGGCGUAAAGCUGAAAAACGUUGACGACAAAAUCGCGAAUUGUGACCUCCUCACGGCUGCCCUGCUCAAACUGGCGCAGGUGGACACGUGCGACGCCGAUGCUGUUCUGGAAGAGAUGCAAUCGCUGGAAGGAAUCCUUGAGCAGGUGCAGGCGACGCUUACUCGAAAACUCGGAAAUGACGUCGGAGUGCAGGGUUCGGGGACCUUUUUCAAAGAGGCAGGCGGCGAUGGGGAUGGUUCUUCCGGUGUUCCACGCUCAACCAGCGUACCAAACAAGCCAUCCUUCUCGUGGCGACGCCUAAGGGCCAAGAGCUCAGGGGUUGCACUAAGUGGCGCGUACAAUAGCAGCAGGACUGCUGUGGGAGACGCAGGUAAGGGGGACAUGGUUGUUCCCAGUCUGCCAAUGACGGUGCAGCCGACAAGCCGUCCACCAAGACGUGAUCUUGGUCAAGCUCAAUUUACUGGGCCUAAUGCAAACUAUAUGAGUUCACUGGCACGCUUAUUCGAUGCAGCCCAAGCAGUCGAUCAGAUUGCUCGCCAGGUGGAUGACCCUGGCCUUCGUCAUGCGGAUAAGACGCAAGUUGGUUUAGAGCUCUGCACACGUCAUGCUGCCGAAUUCUUCGGCUUUUACAUCUGCCGGUUUGCAUUGACUGAUCUUGGUUUACUGCUUGAGAAGUUCAUUAAGAGAGGGAGUGAAUGGGUCCUAGCAUAA